UAGUGCGUUUCAGAGAGAGGAGCAUCUGAUAUGUGUGUGGAGGCAGCCAUCUUUUCCUGAAAGCCCUUUUAGGAAUCAUUAUUUCUGGUCCUCUGAAGUUUGCUACUACCACUCAUAAAUAUCUAUCCACACCCCUUACAGGAAGAAUAAGGAAGAUCUUAAGACCUAGAAGGAAAACUGAUUGCAGACCAGGCUUGGUGGCUCAAUGCCUGUAAUCCCAGCACUUUGGGAGGCCAAGGCGGGCAGAUUGCUUGAGCUCAGCAGUUCGAGGCCAAGCUGGGCAACAUAGUAAAUCCCUGUCUCUACAAAAAAAAAAAAAAAAAAAACACGGAACCCCCCCCACCCCAAAAUCAAAACUGAGUGUAAUGUCAGUGUAUAUAUGGAGUCCCUUGUGCUGAAAGUCAAAGCAGCUUCAUUUUGGGGCCUUAAGAGCUGCAGCUCUGGGCUCUUCACAUCUAAGUCCGUGAGCAGCGCCCACCCCAGUGGUGUGUAUAGGUUGGAGGCUGCAGGGCGACACUCUCAGCUGCAGCUGGUGCGUGCUGGGGAGCCUGUGCAGAACGGUACAAGUAGGAAAGUGCCGUCUGCAUGGGAAGAAAAAUGCAGUGUCCUUGUAGUACGGAUGGGGUCCAGGAGACCCAGGAGCUGCCCAGAGGACCUGGUGGCAUGCUGUAGAAAGCAGCCAGGUAGGUACUGGGGCCAGGAGAGGUUUUGGAGCUGAGACGAGAUGUGCAGACGUCAAGUGAGUUUGAAUUAGCCAAAGCCAGAGGCUGUGGGAGUAUGGCUGGACGGUGGAGGCUCCCAUGUCAGGGGUCCUAGAGCAGCACCGGCUUUACAGUCAGACAAACCUGAGCAUUUACAUCUGUGGUCAGCCUUUUGUUUUUCUAAGUAAAACAUUAGAUGAGAUAAAUUCCAUCUACUGUUACUAUAAUUUUUUAAAUGUUACAUGUAACAUUGAAAAGAUUUAUAAUCUCACAGUAAAGUUUUAACUUUGUUAAAGAUGUAGGCUUUAUGUUUUCACUUUCUAUGAGAAUAGUGAAAACUUUGUUGCUAACCAGCCCUGGCCUGCAGAGUGACAUGGAGGCGCUAGGGAGGACUGUCCAGACAAAGACGGCAAGAUGCAGAGUGACGUGGAGGCGCUAGGGAGGACUGUCCGGACAAAGACGGCAAGAGCUGGGAUGUUUGGGAAGCAAAGGAGGGGCUGGAUCAGCGGUGAUUCCUCAAGACCUAGUGCCCAGUUGGUGGAUGUGCGAGGAGCUCCGCGGCCGUCACGAUGUUCUGGAAGUUUGACUUGAACACCACGUCCCAUGUUGACAAGCUGCUGGACAAGGAGCAUGUGACGCUGCAGGAGUUAAUGGAUGAAGAUGACAUCUUGCAGGAGUGUAAGGCUCAGAACCAGAAGCUGCUGGACUUCCUGUGCAGGCAGCAGUGCAUGGAGGAGCUGGUGAGCCUCAUCACACAGGAUCCGCCCCUGGACAUGGAGGAGAAGGUCCGCUUCAAAUAUCCAAACACAGCCUGUGAGCUUCUGACUUGUGAUGUGCCGCAGAUCAGCGACCGCCUCGGUGGGGAUGAGAGCCUGCUGAGCCUCCUGUAUGACUUCCUGGACCAUGAGCCACCCCUCAAUCCUCUGCUCGCCAGUUUUUUCAGCAAGACCAUUGGCAAUCUCAUUGCAAGAAAAACCGAACAGGUGAUUAUAUUUUUGAAGAAGAAGGACAAGUUCAUCAGCCUGGUGUUGAAGCACAUUGGCACCUCAGCGCUUAUGGACCUGCUGCUGCGCCUGGUCAGCUGUGUGGAGCCAGCCGGGCUCCGGCAGGAAGUCCUGCACUGGCUGAAUGAAGAGAAGGUCAUCCAGAGGCUUGUGGAGUUGAUCCAUCCAAGCCAGGAUGAAGAUAGGCAGUCAAAUGCUUCUCAGACUCUCUGUGACAUAGUUAGGCUGGGCAGAGACCAGGGCAGUCAGCUGCAAGAGGCUCUGGAGCCAGACCCGCUCCUCACAGCGCUGGAGUCCAGGCAGGACUGUGUGGAGCAGCUUCUGAAGAACAUGUUUGAUGGAGACCGGACAGAGAGCUGCCUCGUCAGUGGGACUCAGGUGUUACUCACCUUGCUGGAAACCAGGCGGGUUGGGACAGAGGGCUUGGUGGACUCCUUUUCUCAGGGACUGGAAAGGUCAUACGCUGUCAGCAGCAGCGUACUACACGGCAUCGAGCCUCGGCUGAAGGACUUCCACCAGCUCCUGCUCAACCCACCCAAGAAGAAAGCGAUCCUGACCACCAUUGGUGUGCUGGAGGAGCCUCUAGGGAAUGCCCGUCUGCAUGGCGCCCGCCUCAUGGCAGCACUGCUGCACACAAACACACCCAGCAUCAACCAGGAGCUCUGCCGGCUCAACACUAUGGACUUACUGCUGGACUUGUUCUUUAAGUACACCUGGAAUAACUUUUUGCACUUCCAAGUGGAACUAUGCAUAGCCGCUAUUCUCUCCCACGCCGCCCGUGAGGAGAGGACAGAAGCCAGCGGAUCCGACAGCAGGGUGGAGCCUCCACAUGAGAACGGGAACCGGAGCCUGGAGACUCCCCAGCCUGCCGCCAGCCUCCCUGACAACACAAUGGUGACCCACCUGUUCCAGAAGUGCUGCCUGGUGCAGAGGAUCCUGGAGGCCUGGGAAGCCAACGACCACACGCAGGCAGCGGGUGGCAUGAGACGUGGGAACAUGGGCCACCUCACGCGGAUCGCCAACGCGGUAGUGCAGAACCUGGAACGGGGCCCUGUGCAGACGCACAUCAGCGAGGUCAUCCGAGGGCUACCUGCGGAUUGCCGCGGCCGCUGGGAGAGCUUCGUGGAGGAGACACUGACGGAGACCAACCGCAGGAACACUGUGGACCUGGUGAGCACUCACCACCUUCACUCCUCGAGUGAGGACGAGGACAUUGAGGGUGCUUUCCCUAACGAGCUGUCCCUUCAGCAGGCCUUCUCCGACUACCAGAUCCAGCAGAUGACAGCCAACUUCGUGGAUCAGUUUGGCUUCAAUGAUGAGGAGUUUGCAGACCAGGACGACAAUAUCAACGCCCCGUUUGACAGGAUCGCGGAGAUCAACUUCAACAUCGACGCUGACGAGGACAGUCCCAGCGCAGCUCUGUUUGAGGCCUGCUGCAGCGACCGCAUCCAGCCCUUUGAUGACGAUGAGGAUGAGGACAUCUGGGAGGACAGUGACACUCGCUGUGCCGCCCGGGUGACGGCCAGAGCCAGGUUUGGAGCCCCCCAUGCUUCAGAGAGUUGCUCAAAGAAUGGCCCAGAGCGUGGAGGCCAGGACGGGAAUGGGAGCUUGGAAGCACACAGAGAUGCACCUGGGGCAGGUGCCCCACCGGCCCCCAGGAAGAAGGAAGCCCCCCCUGUGGAGGGUGACUCAGAAGCAGGCGCCAUGUGGACGGCAGUGUUUGAUGAGCCAGCGAACUCGACGCCCACAGCCCCAGGAGUGGUGAGGGAUGUGGGUUCCAGUGUGUGGGCAGCUGGCACCUCAGCUCCAGAGGAGAAAGGCUGGGCCAAGUUCACCGACUUCCAGCCUUUCUGCUGCUCCGAGUCAGGGCCCAGGUGCAGCUCUCCGGUGGACACAGAACGCAGCCAUGCUGAGGGCAGCCGGAGCCAAGGCCCCGAGAAAGCCUUCAGCCCGGCUUCUCCAUGUGCCUGGAACGUGUGUGUCACCAGGAAAGCCCCCCUGCUGGCCUCUGACAGCAGCUCCUCUGGGGGCUCCGGCAGCAAGGAUGGCAACCAGAGGGCAGCGAGUGCCAUGGAUGCGGUGAGCAGGGGUCCUGGCCGGGAGGUCCCCCCGCUGCCCACAGUGGCCAGGACAGAGGAGGCUGUCGGCAGGGUCGGGUGUGCUGACAGCCGGCCGCUCAGCCCUGCCUGCCCCACGCCAAAGGAAGUGACUGCUGCCCCAGCCGUGGCUGUGCCCCCCGAGGCUACUGUGGCCAUCACCACAGCACUGAGCAAGGCUGGCCCCGCCAUACCCACCCCAGCAGUCUCCUCGGCAGUGGCCGUGGUGGCCCCCCUAGGGCCCAUCAUGGCAGUCACAGCAGCCCCAGCCAUGGUGGCCACCCUGGGGACAGUGACAAAAGACGGGAAGACAGAUGCCCCGCCGGAAGGAGCUGCCUUAAAUGGCCCCGUGUGAUGCUGCUGCCGCCCGGCCACGGCCCGCCCUGGUCAGGCUGCAUCCUUAAUCGAGAAAACUACCUGGUGAUGCAAUCUCUUUUUUUUUUUAAUUUAAUUUAAUUUUAAAAUAAAUGCUGCAUUGGUAAAGCUGGCAGUUGAAACCAGUUGGACGGCCCAGCUUGCGUCUCUUCUGCCUGAGUGGGCCUCUCAGGUCACUCGUGCCCUGCUGGAGGACAGAGGGGCACCUCAGCCGCCCCCAGGCCCAGAGCACAGCAAUAAGGUCGGCCUGCAGGAGCCGGGGUGGGGGGGUGGGGGGGGCAGGACCCUGAGAUGCCACCAGGACCUGAUGGGCCAGGAAGGGCGUGGACAUGGAGGCUGUUUUUACAGAUUUUUUUUUUUUCUUUUUUUAAAGAAUACAGAAGGAGCCAAGCUUUUUUGCACUUUGUGUCCAGCUGCAAGCUCAGGGCAGAAUCAAGGGCCUGGGUUGGGAAGACCCGACUCACAGGAAUGCAUAAUUGACCCUUGCAGCUGCCCAGUAGCCCAUGGAGCUGGCACUGAACCAGGCUGCAAGAUUUGACUGCCUUAAAAACACAAGGCCCUCUAGGCCUGGCAGGGAUGUUCCUGUGCCCAGCACAGGGUGCCUGGCAGGGGGAGACCACAGGUAUGCAGGUGGGGGGACAUGGCGUGGCACUGGGGACUCAAAGACUUGGUUUCUAGCACUACUGGUCAUGGCCAUGUCAUCCUAGAAGGGUCCAGAAGAUUAUUUUACGUUGAGUCCAUUUUUAAUGUUCUGAUCACCUGACAGGGCACCCAAAACCCUCAACUCCCAAUAAAAGCCGUGACAUUCAGACAAA